AUGCCGAAUAAGAACACAGAGCACCGUGAAUGGCUGGCUCUAAAAGGAAGAGUGGAAGACUUGUGUUCUCAACCCACAGCUGCUACUGCUACAUUUAAAGACACUGCAGUGAACAUUGCACAUGAAAGCCCAAAUGCUUUUGAACUGGUUGCGGAUUUUGAGUUGGAGGACAACACUUGGGACAACCGGUCACAUUCCUUCAGUGUGCGGCCACUCCUCAGCACAUAUCCCAAAGCCGGUGACUCGAAGAAGCCUUCCAAAAGGCGUGUGAAAAAGGAGCCCUACUCUACUACCAAGGUGACUUCAGGGAGCACAUUCAAUGAGAAUACAAGAAGAUAUGCUGUGCACACCAACCAGUGUCAGAGACCUCAUGGCUCGCCGGUAAAGAAGAAGAGGUACCCACAAGAAGAUGACUUCCAUCAUACAGUCUUCAGCAACCUUGAAAGAUUGGACAAGCUUCAGCCCACUCUUGAAGCCUCUGAGGAGUCUCUAGUUCACAAGGACAGAGGAGAUGGAGAGAGGCCAGUCAACGCGAGGGUGGUGCAGAUGGCCCCUCUGAGGCGUGAAUCUACUCCCCAUGAGGACGCCGUACACGACAUCACUAACGAGGACGCCACACACGACAUCGCUAACGAGGACACUGUACACGACAUCACUAACGAGGCCGCCGACAAGGGCAUCGCCAACGAGGACGCCGCCCAGGGCAUCGCCAACGAGGACGCCGCCCACAGAAUCGCCAGCGAGGAUGCCGCCCAGGGCAUCGCCAACGUGGUCGCCGUCCACGGCAUCGCCAAGGAGGACGCCGUCCACGGCAUCGCCAAGGAGGACGCCGCCCAGGGCAUCGCCAACGAGGAUGCCGCCCAGGGCAUCGCCAGCAAGGACGCCGCCCACGGAAUCGCCAGCCAGGAUGCCGCCCAGGGCAUCGCCAAUGUGGUCGCCGUCCACGGCAUCGCCAAGGAGGACGCCGUCCAGGGCAUCGCCAAGGAGGACGCCGUCCACGGCAUCGCCAAGGAGGACGCCGUCCACGGCAUCGCCAAGGAGGACGCCGCCCAGGGCAUCGCCAACGAGGAUGCCGCCCAGGGCAUCGCCAGCAAGGACGCCGCCCACGGCAUCGCCAAGGAGGACGCCGCCCAGGGCAUCGCCAACGAGGAUGCCGCCCAGGGCAUCGCCAGCAAGGACGCCGCCCACGGAAUCGCCAGCCAGGAUGCCGCCCAGGGCAUCGCCAAUGUGGUCGCCGUCCACGGCAUCGCCAACGAGGACGCCGCCCAGGGCAUCGCCAACGAGGAAGCCGCCCAGGGCAUCGCCAUCGCUAAUGACACCGUACUAGACAUGCUAUCGAGGACGCUGUACAGGACAUCGCUAAUGAGGACACCAUACAAGGCAUCGGUAAUGAGGACGCUAUAUGUGACAUUGCUAACAAGGACACCGUACAAGCCGUCGCUAACAACGACACUGUACACAACAUCACUAAUGAGGGCACUGUACAAGACAUCACCAAUGAGGGCGCUUUAUACGACAUUGCUAAUGACACCGACAAGGCACGCUAACGUGGACGCUGUACACGACAUUGCUAAUGAGGACACCGUAUAAGACAUCGCUAGUAACUAUCGCAAGAACAAAAAACCAAACACCGCAUAUUCUCACUCAUAGGUGGGAAUUGAACAAUGAGAUCACAUGGACACAAGAAGGGGAAUAUCACACUCUGGGGACUGUUGUGGGGUGGGGGUGGGGGGGAGGGAUAGCAUCGGGAGAUAUACCUAGUGCUAGAUGAUGAGUUAGUGGGUGCAGCACACCAGCAUGGCACAUGUAUACAUAUGUAACUAACCUGCACAAUGUGCACAUGUACCCUAAAACUUAAAGUAUAUAUAUAAAAAAAAAAGACAUCGCUAGUGAGCACGCUGUAUACGACAUUGCUAAUGAGGACGCUAUAUAUGACAUCGCUGAUGAGGACAUUGUAUACGACAUCACUAAUGAGGACACCAUACAAGGCAUCGCUAACGAUGACGCUGUACACAACAUCGCUAAUGAUGACACCGUAUAAGACAUCGCUAAUUAUGACGCUGUAUACGACAUCGCUAAUGACACCGUACAAGGCACGCUAACGAGGAUGCUGUACACGACAUCACUAAUGAGGACAGUGUGCAAGCCAUCGCUAAUGAGGACACUGUAUAUGACAUCGCUAACGAGGACACUGUACAAGGCAUUGCUAACGAGGACGCUGUACACAACAUCGCUAAUGAGGACACCAUAUAAGACAUCACCAAUGAGGAUGCUGUAUAUGACAUCGCUAAUGACACCCACAAGGCAUGCUAACGAGGACGCUGUAGACGACAUUGCUUAUAAGGACACCGUACAAGACAUCGCUAACCAGGACGCUGUAUACGACAUCGCUAAUGAGGACGUUGUAUAUGACAUCGCUAAUGAGGAUGCUUUACAAGACAUAGCUAAUGAGGUUGCUGUAUAUGACAUCGCUAAUGAGGACAUUGUAUAUGACAUCGCUAAUGAGGACGCUCUAUACGACAUCACUAAUGAGGAUGCUGUAUACAACAUCGCUAAUGAGGACGCUGUAUAUGGCAUCGCUAAUGAGGAUGCUGUAUACGAAUUCGCUAAUAAGGACGCUGUAUAUGACAUUGCUAAUGAGGACACUGUACAAGACAUCUGUAAAAAAGAAGAUGCUGCCAAUGUAAGACACUUUUCUUUGUCUUGAACAGAAAUGUUACUUUCCUGGCUUCUUUCCAAUGAGAUGUAGACAUGAACAUCGGCCAGUGUGCAUUAUCGAUGUCAUCUGCAGUUUAAUCAAAUGUAGACAUGAACAUCUGCCAAUGUGGACUAUUUAUGACAUCUGCAAUUUCCUUGGUGUGGUGCUAUUGAUUGGCAGCCUCUCACCAACCCAUGCCAGGCACACUGGGGUGUGGUAGAUGGCAGCAUCCACGAUCCACUGCAAUGCAGAGGUGUUUCCCUCCACAGCAGUUUUCCCCUAUGGAUUAAGAGUUGUGAAACUGCCAAUCUAGAUACACUUUAAAGAUAAAUUCUGUGGGAAAAGGUCUUGUCUUUUCCACAGGUGUCUUCUGUGCCAGUUUUGGGGGACUUCGACCUUUGACUCAAUCACUAUACCCCUUCUUAUUUUCUCUCUCAAGUUGUCGAGAGACUAUCAGAUCUGUGUGACGUGUAUGGCAUCAUUUCACCCUCCUAAUGUUUUCUUUUCUAUAAUUGCAGGAGCCAUUGACACUGGAGAAUGAUACGUACCCUGAAAUAACUCACUUCCUGAGGAAAAAGCGCCAUCUCUAGGGCACAGAAACCUGAUUCUGGGCUCCUUUUGGGAAGGAGGAUUUGGGGUCUGGACUUUAAAAAGCACUCAUGUUUCCAGCCUCACUGUUGACUCCUGGCUUAAAGGGAUCUCCCGGGGUGAGUGAGGAGGCGGGAUCGGACCCUGGCAGUCUGACGGCAGCACCUGUGUUCCUCUGCACUGGGCUGUGGAUGACAUUACACACCUUGCCACUCCCACGGUCCUGUGUGUUCCGGAUAUUUAAAAAUAAUGGCUAUAAGGUUGAGCACUUCAGGAUAUGCUGUUUUGCUGUGUGCAGAUGGAGGCAGUGGCUGGAGUGAAUGAACGGCAACACUUGCUGGCAACCGGCAGAAGCUGAGAGACAGGGAACAGGCUCCAGAGCCUCCAGGAGCCAGGCCUUUGGACACCUUGAAUGUGGGCUUCUGGGAGACCAUGCGUUUCUGUUAUAAGCAGCCCAGUCUCUGGCAGUUUUUACGGCUGCCCCCGAACACUCAUCUAUACCUGUCUGACAAGGUCAAGCUCCAAGGAAGGGAUUCUCUACAUAUCUACAUUGUUUGCAGAUUUUACAAUAAUCAUUUAUUCUUGCAUGGCUGAUCAUUGUUAACCAAUACAAAUAAAAUAAUAAAGAAAUGACCCACA